AUGGCCUGUAAAGGGUGUUUGGAGUGCCUGCUGAAGCUCCUUAACUUCUUGCUGACUCUUGUGGGUCUGGCUAUGAUUGGUUAUGGAAUCUACUUGUUUGUUGAGUAUAAAAGAGCAGAUGACAAUGCGGCACUAGUGUCGACGCUGAGUGCUGAUCAGGGUUUGACGCAGCUCGGUCGCCCCAUGCUUAUUGCUGUGUCUCUUUCGGAAAACGAACUCCCAACUGACAAAACUGGAGAUUUUGACAUGAUAUAUAAUUUCCUCAAAGGAAAUUGGAACAUCAUCAAAUGGGUUGCUCUUGGAAUAGUUAUUUUGGAGACUGGGACUGAUUUUGUGGUGACUAUGAGCUGGGAAAUGGUGUUUGAUGUAUAUGUUUCUGCUAUUAUUUUCUUGUUAGCCCUUGUGGUUAGAGCGGCAAACAGGCCAGCAGAGUAUGAUAGCGAUGAUGAGUUCAUUACCCCUAGACAACAGAUCCGGCAGCCUUUGCUUAACAGGCCACCAGCUCCUGCAGCAGGAGUGCCGGUUACUGGAACCGUUGAUCAGCGUCCAAGUAGAAAUGAUGCUUGGAGUACACGAAUGAGGGAAAAGGGUAAGUAUGAUUCUCUAUCUGCACAAUAUGUAUCAAAUGGUAAAUCUCAUCAUCUUGGUUUUGCAUCAAGUACUUGUGGGUCUGAUAUCUUUUUUCAUCACUUGUCAUACAUGCAUAUUAUGUGUCUAUCAAAUUUUCUACUUUCUGGUUCUGAUUCUGAUUCCAUGGCUGUACUUGUCUGUUCUUUGCUGGAUGGAAACCAGUAUGGGCUUGAUACAUCUGAGUUCACAUACAACCCAUCUGAGUCACACAGGUUCCAGCCAGUGUCUGCACAGCCUACCGAGGAAAGGAGUUGUUGCACCAUCAUGUGA